AAUCGUUGUUGAUUGUGCACUUUCACCAUGGUGACCACCAGGACUGGGUUUAGUACCACCCCCUACAGCAAGGAGCAAGAAGAGAGAGUUGUUGGCCUUCUGCGUGAAAGGAAGGAAAAGAUGGAGAAAAGGGAAUGAUUUCAAGCAGGGCAAGAUGCUGGCCCUGCUGGAGGAACAAGAGGCAAAGAAGAGGCAGAUGGAGGAGGAGUUGAAGGAGCAGGAGGAGAAGAUGGCGGCUAUACAAGAGGAGGUGGAGAAAGAAGAAGAAGAAGAAGAAGUAGAGGAAGAAGAGCCAUUGGAGAGAAGGAGAGGGGAAGCGAGCACAAGCAAAGAAAUUGAGAUUGCAAGGAUUGCAGAAGAGUGGGCCGCACAUUUGGAGUUGGGGGAAGAUAGGGAGGCCGAGAUGGCCAUUCCCCAGGAAGAGAGAGAAGCAGCAAGGAGACAGAUUGAGACAGAAAGGGACGCGGUGAGGAGAAAGGCGAAGGUGGAAGAACAGCAAAUGGCAUGGAGAUACAGGCUGUCCCAAGAGAGGGUAAGACGAUUGGAAGCGGCGGAAACGGCAGAGAAGGAUCUGAAAGCGAGGGAGACAAGGAUGGGAAAAAUCAGGGAAGAGACGGAGAUAGCUACGAAGCUCAACACCCUGACUCAGAGCGUACAAUCUUUACUAAUUGCACACCACAAACAAGCGCAGUAUAUUCGCAGUUUAGAAGUAAAGGUAGAUGCAAUGCGCGCCAGGUUCAAAGAUUUUGCGAGUGACAUGAUGAAAUACUUAUUGGCCGAAGUCCACAAUGCAAUUAGUAAGACCCGAGAGUUCUAUACUGGCGUCAUUGAAGGCGCCAAGUUAGCGACUCCUAAGGAAGAGGAGUCGGCCCCGCCACGCCGUGAGAAAGUCAAGGUCCGUUUUCCCGAACCCUUCAGUGGAACGAAGGGUGAGCAUUUCGAUAACUGGGAGGCCAACGUGCACUCCUACGUGUACUUACAGAGAGUCACGCCUAAGACCAUGUUUUGGUUGCCUUCCAGGCCCUUCGAGACAAGGCGACUAGCUUUGCUAGGUCGCUAGCCCGCGCUGCAACUGUGAUAACGAUAUGGUGACGUUUUCGAGACU